UAAAUCAUCUGCUUCGUGCUGCCAAUUUUUGUAAUUGACGCGUUUAGCAUUUAGCGCUGAAAGAGGAGCUAUCAAAAACAGAAUAACAUUUUUAUUCAGAAUAAAUCAAAAAUGAUUGACAACGGCAAAACGCAGCAACAACUGCAGCAGCAGCUGCCACUCAGCAGGGUGCGCACAAUCAUGAAGAGCUCGAUGGACACGGGCCUAAUUACGAACGAGGUACUCUUCCUUAUGACCAGAUGUACGGAGCUAUUCGUACAGCACUUCGCCCGGGAGGCGUACACAGCGUCUUUAUCCAAGCGGAGUGGCGAAACACUCAAAUAUGAGCAUUUGUCGCAGCUGGUUAACAAGAACAAAUAUCUGGAGUUUCUACUUCAAAUUGUGCCCGAAAAGAUACGCGUCAGCGAAUUUCUAGAAAUGUUGCGCCUCAAUCGUUCCAGCGCCAGCGAUGAAGACUAUGAAACUGGCACCGAAUCCGAGAUGGAAGACGAAUAGCAGCGCACCGUGCCCCAAAAUAUACAUUAAGAAACUAUCAUAAUUAGUAAAAAGAAAAUAAAUAAAACUAACCUUUACUUUAA